AAAAAUUUAUCCGUUUCCACGGGGGAUGAAAUGAAAUCGCCGUCUAGCGGUGAACGCAUCAAACUCAUCUUUCAACCAGCGGCAAACCAUUCAAAGUUUGUCUAAUGGAUUCUUUGUUCUUUUAUUAAUUAAAAGAACGCAACAAUAUUUCUAUCAUUCACGCGUUUGCAUAAUGCGUGAAAACUUGGGAAUCGUUCCACGAUGAUAAUGCACUAAUGCAUACAGCUUAACUCGGAGUAUUAUCGCGCGUGGUCGAUGAAGGAGCGAUUUGUAAUGAUUCCGUGGAGACUUGAAUAGCGUUAAUAUCCUCUCAGGUGACAAACGAGGGAGUGACGCUGCGGGACGUCCGACGUCUCGAUGCCAUACGACAAAUUAUCUCACCUCCGGUCGAAUACCGUGAAAAAUUGUCAAUAUCGUGACGAAGCGUUACUCUUGAUCGACGAAAACGUACCGUUCCAGGGGGGUAAUUAAGUGUCACUCUGCUUUAAAUGAUGUCUCCCGUGAUGUAGCAUCCUUUGACAUUAAACGUUAACAAAUAUCAUUCUUAUUUACACUGCGGUAAAAUCAUGAUUGCAUUUUACUGUAAAUAAAUAUCCACAGCAACUAUUUAAAGUUGCCACCGUGUUGAAUGUUAAACAAACGAAUUCACAGGAAAUAUGGUUUUGCGUGUGCAUGACUUUUACUUUAUACGGAAAUACGGUACCAUUGUUACAUCCUUGGUACCGGUUGACACUGUUAAGGAUUAUUUUUUGCAAAGCGUGUUUAGCACUUGCCAUCUUUUUUUUCGAUGUGCAUUAAACGAGGAAGGUCUUCAGCAGUCGCCAGGAUGAUCAGCAUUAUCAAAGAAUAUACGAAACUCCGCCCUUCGCGAGAAAUACCGCCCCCGUCAUGCGCUAUCGUCCUCGUCGUCACUUUCAAGCUCACCUGUAAUCUCCUCGCAUAAUCGGUUCGGGGUAGUGAGCAUCUGAUUCGUACUUCUUCUUCACAUCUGGACGAAGUGCGGGAAAUUUGAUCGUUGGUGUAUUUUGUGAUAUCGUUUGCUCUGAAAGCAUUGGAAACAUUUGUAAUGUCUGUAUGGAGUGUCGUGCAAGACGUGCCUCUAGAUUUAAGUUGUCGUGGCUCUGAAAGAAAAAUAAGUUUGAUGACCACCCCGAAGUUUCAAAGGUGUCUGCUUUGUCAGACGUGCGGCAAAAACUUUGACAGGCCUUCGUUGCUCAAGAGGCACCUGCGAACACACACAGGUGAAAAGCCACAUGGUUGCGUCGUGUGUGGUAAAAUGUUUAGUACGAGUAGCUCCCUGAAUACACACGUCAGGAUUCAUACUGGAGAACGGCCACACGAGUGUCCUAUUUGUGGGAAACGGUUCACUGCUUCCUCGAAUUUGUAUUAUCAUCGAAUGACUCACUACAAGGAAAAACCACAUAAAUGCAACGUGUGUGGUCGCUCCUUCCCAACCCCUGGCGAUCUGAGGGCUCAUGGUUAUUCCCACACUGGUAACUGGCCGAUGAGAUGCACGGUCUGCAAUCGUGGAUUCUGUAAACCUGCAGCUUUGCAUCAUCAUAUGCAAUUACACACUGGUAAUUAG